CGCCACCGCGCCAUCGCGCCCGCGCGCGUCCUGCUAAGCUCACCCAAUAUGGCAGCCCUAACCGGACCCCGGGCUCGCGCGCGAACCCUCUGACCCGUCAGAUUCGUUCGCGGUAUGUGCUCGUUAUAUAAAUGUUACGCAAGUUAAGGACGGAGUGCCGAGAAGGUGUUCGACAGGGCGCUCGGCCCGCGAGCUUCGCCCUCGGCCCAUGUGACGCGGAGCAGCCCCUGCCAGUAUGAGUUACGGCGGCGGCAUGUCGGGCGGCGGCGGCGACACGGACACGCUGUCGCGGCGCCUGCGCGAGGCGGAGCGCGCCCGCGCAGACGCCGAACGCGCGCACGCGGACGCGCUCGCGCAGCUGCGCAACGCGCAACGAUCGCCGCUCGAGUCGCACAAUGCAGAGCAGCUGCAAUCGCGAGUGAGAGAGCUGGAGAAAAAGGUUGGGCCAUUGAUACUUGGUACUUACGUGAGGCGUGGUGGGCAGGCGGCUCUAGAGACGGUGCGCUGCGAGGAGUUGCAGCUGGAGUUGUCUUCGGCGUUGCGCGCACGCGGCGGGACCAGCGCCGGCGCAUGGGCCGCGACGUCCGCGCAGCCUGCUUCCGAGAUCGAGCGCAUCAUGGCUAAGAUCGAGCAAGACAACCGUAUCCUCGCUGAACUGGAGCACACUCGAUCCACCACACAUGGUAUGCAGCCGAGCGGGUCGAACCAGGCGCUGGGCAUGGAGCUGCACUCGCCGACGCCGUCGCCGCUGCCGCACUCGUAUGGCACCACCGUGGGCCACGCCGCCAUCUGCCAGAGCAGUACCAUGCCCACGCUCUCUUCGCUUCACGCCACCGGACAGUUCACCGCCCCCAGCUCCAAUUCCGUCGCCUACUCCAUGAGUGCGCACAACCCCACCUCCUACUCCAACCCUGUCCCCGCGUACUCCACCAACUCCUAUGGACUGACGAACACGCACCAAGUCACGUUCACCAACCCCGUCACGGCGCCUCUGGUCAAUAAUAUCGGUCAGAUAUCCAGCACACUAGCAGGGUUGCAGAGUAAUCUGCAAAAUAUUACCGGGAAUGUUUCCGGUAUGAACUUGGGAGGCGGAUUGAGCGGGCCGACGUUGACGGGAACUAUGUCGGGCGCGGGGUUAACCAGCGGUCUGAGCAACGUUCAAACUAGCUUAUCAGGAGGAUUAACGAGUACACUUGGAGGAAUACAGUCGACGCUCACCGGAGGGCUCGGGAAUGCUCUUACGAACCUGACCGGUGGAACGCAACUGGGAGGACUAAGCACAAGCCUGGGCCAAGGCACGAGUGCAUACGGAACUGGGACUUAUACGAAUCCGCUGCUUUCGAGUGGCUUAGGAUCGAAUCCGAUGAAUAUGAAAAUUAAACCAUUAGACGAUAUUGACCUGGGUUUAGGUAGAUAUGGAACUACCAGCUCAGGCGUGGGGAGAGUGGCGACCCCUGUGACACCUCAUCAACCGUCGUGGAGCUUAGGAUUAGAUAGCCAAUUUGGAACUGAUAGACUAGGAGGCUUAGACUCGUCACUCAUCCACGACAGAAGUCAACGAGCUUUAUCGAGAAUCAUGCCGAAUUCAGGACUUGAAAUGGACGUCCGGAAUACACAUUACAUGAAUGGUGGAGCAACGACCGAGGGAGGACCGCCGACCGUGGACAUGCUGGAUAUUCCAGGCAAGGGCAGAUGCUGCGUCUACAUCGCUAGAUUCUCUUACGACCCUCCCGACAUUGAAAGUGCGGAAGGGGAGUUAUCUAUCUGCGCUGGUGACUAUCUGCUAGUGUGGGGUCCACCUGACCCUAACGCAGCUAUGCUGGACGCUGAGCUUCUAGACGGCCGUCGCGGCUUGGUCCCCGCUAAUUUCGUUCAAAGAUUAGUUGGGGAAGAUCUUCUGGAAUUCCAUCAGGCGGUAGUGGCAACGUUACGAGACGCAGAAGACACUGCCACAACAGCAAUCAGUGACUUGUCUCUCAGUAGAGACGUGGCCCGACUCAGUGAGGUCGCUGACAUAAGCGAAGGACCUGAAGACGACGACAAUGCCGAGCUGUUUUUCUCGUCGCUAGUGCCCGCACCGCGGCAGCUGACUCUGGAGAGGCAGCUCAACAAGUCCGUGCUCAUCGGGUGGACGGCUCCAGAAGGCGUACAGCAGGCGAACAUCGACAGCUACCACGUGUACGUCGACGGAGUCCUCAAGACCACAGUCAAAGCGUCCGAGCGCACGCGCGCGCUCGUCGAAGGCGUCGACUCCAACCGGCCGCACCGCAUCAGCGUGCGCUCGGUUACGGUCACUCGCCGAACGUCGCGCGACGCUGCGUGCACGAUGGUCAUUGGUCGCGACACCGCCAACAUGGGUCCGACGUGCGUGCGCGCAAGUGGCGUCACCUGCUCGCAGGCCGUCAUCUCCUGGCUGCCAGCCAACUCCAACCACCAGCACGUCGUCUGCGUCAACAAUGUUGAGGUCCGCACAGUAAAACCUGGAGUAUAUCGUCACACCAUAACUGGACUGUCACCCAGCACACAGUACCGGGUGACAGUAAGAGCGAAACACUUGCGGGCAGGCCCCCCCUCGGGGAUACCCAUAGAAGAAGCACCAGGCGCUUACACGGACUUCAGGACCUUACCUAAAGGUCUCCCCGAUCCACCAAACGAAAUCAUGGUGGAAGCGGGCCCGCAAGACGGCACGCUGCUCGUGACGUGGCAGCCCGUGCUGCGGCCGCCGGCGUCCGGCCCCGUCACCGGCUACGCCGUGUACGCUGACGGCAAGAAGGUCACUGACGUCGACUCCCCCACUGGAGAUCACGCCCUCAUCGAUAUUGCCAAGUUGAUCGGCCUCAACCCCAAAUGUGUCACAGUUCGUACAAAGUCUCGGGACAAUCAGUCGACUGAUAGUCAGCCUACGCCUAUUCCUCCGGCGGUGCUGCGUGGGGUGGCGGCGAGGAUGCCUCGUAGCGGCCCCAUGCCUAACCAGCCAGGCCCGGGGUACCGGCCUCACCAGAGGCCGCAGCCUUAUCAGCAGCACCAACAAGUCAUAGAGCACGACGAGAAUCUCUCCGAUAAGGAGAUAUUCCCCACCACCAACCGCCAUGACCAACACCCUGCUCAGCCUACGAGCGGAUUCGGCACAGGCCUCCUAAAGAGUAUAUUCGACAAAAUAACCCCUUCGCAAUCGGGGAUACCGGCCAUCGAAAUCACUAAAGAGGGUGCGCCGGAGCUGGGUAGCGAGGACGAGGAGCCGCCGCGCCGCCGCACGCAGCAACCGUCCCAACCAGCGCCAGCGUCGCAGCAGCCUUCGGGUCAGCAGUACCCGAGUACACAAGGCUACCAUGGCACGCAGCAACCCCCAUACAGUCAGGGCGGGGGCCAGUUCCCAAGUAGCCAGCCCCCCUACCCUGGCGGCGUCGCGGGCACCCAGCCGCAGCAGUUCCACAACCCGCCGCCCCGGAACCACCACGAACGCGGCCGCCCUCCUAACCCUCAUCAGCAACAGCAGGGUCAGCAGGGCGUGCCGCCGUAUGGCCCUCGGGGGGCCCCUCCACAGGGGCCGAGGGGCCCCGUGCCCGGCCAGCGGCCGCAACCAGGCCACCCGCAGUCCAAGAGGAGUCGCUUCUUCGUCGCGCUGUUCGACUACGACCCAGCUACCAUGAGUCCCAACCCGGAGAGUUGCGAUGAAGAGCUACCCUUUAGUGAGGGUGACACUAUAAAGGUCAGCAGCUUCACAUCGACGCAUCUUACAAGUGAAGAGUUGCUUAAGGAGUAUAUCUACCUGUUGGGGAUUCAAGAGUCAUUCAAGGGCUCAAUCGAUCGGCAGGAUGCCGAGACAACCACCGACGAAGCACGGCCUCGCGUACGACUCCGCUCCAAUGUAGCCUGGCAAGCGGUUUGGGGAGACAAAGAUGCAGAUGGGUUCUACUGGGGUGAGUGCCGAGGCAGACGGGGCUAUGUACCUCACAACAUGGUGGUGGAGGUGACGGAGCAGGAGGCGGGGGCGGCUGGAGCCAGCACUCAGAAGCCUCGCGACCGCUGGACGGAUGCGUACGCGACGCAACCAGUGCGACGCAUGGUGGCGUUGUACGACUACGACCCACAGGAACUGAGCCCCAAUGUUGAUGCUGAUGCUGAGCUGAGCUUCCAGACGGGGCAGAUCAUCCACGUGUACGGCGAGAUGGACGACGAUGGGUUCUACAUGGCCGAGAUCGAGGGUGUGCGCGGUCUCGUGCCCAGCAACUUCCUCACCGACGCCAACGACCAGUACGGCCCUUCGCAACCUGGACAAGGGCCGGGCGCACGGGCGGCGCCGGGGCGCGGGCGCGGCGCGGCGCCGGGCCCGGGCGCACGCGGCCCGCCGCCGCCGCCGCGGGACAACGCGCCUGCGCCGCGCAACCACCACCGCAAGACCGAUGCCUGCCCUCUUCCCCCUUCUCAGUUAGACCACAACACAUGCGCCAGUAAUCCAGAACAGGCGAAUUCUCAGCAGGCGAGGGGGAGAGGCGCGGGGAGCGCGGCGCCGGCGACGAUCGCGCGCACGAGCGCUGGUAACGCGGCCACGCCACCCGUGCAGUCGCCGGCCGGUGCGGGCGCGGGCGGGAUGACCGGCAUGGGCGCUGGCAUGGGCGCCGGCAUGGGCGCUGGAAUGGGCGGUGCAAUGGGAACUGGAAUGGGCGCUGGCAUGGGUGGUGCAAUGGGAACUGGAAUGGGCGCUGGCAUGGGUGGUGCAAUGGGAGCUGGCAUGGCGACAAUGGGCGGCGGCAUGGGCGCUGCUAUGGGCGGCGGCAUGGCAGGCGCGACGGGCGUGGGCGGCGCCGCUGGCAGCGCGUCCCCGCUAGCCGCGCGGCGCGCCGGCCCCGCCGUGCUGCCAGCGCCCACGGCACAGCCCCUGCAGCCGGCGCAGGCGCAGGCGCCGCCCACCUCGCAGCCCAAUCUCAUGCAGAAGUUCUCCGAGAUGACGGCCCCCGGCGGAGACAUCCUCAGCAAGGGCAAGGAGCUCAUCUUCAUGAAGUUUGGGCUCGGCGGCAAAUAAUGCCGGCGCCGCGGGCCGCUCGACGCGGGCGCGAGAGCACUGUAGGGAUGUUGUAAAUAAUUCAAUAAACGCACAGUCUAGUGGAUAUUGGAACGUUAGUGCUGUCUCGACCCCGCCAGUGUCGCAGGCCCGCCAGUGUCCGAGCCCUGAACCCUGAGCCGAGCCCUGAACCCGGGCGUCUGUCUCGUAUACCGUCGAGGCCACACAAUGAGUGAAUUGUUUACACGUUACAUUGGAACUGCAUUAUUCAUAAUCGUAUAUAAGGAUUGAAAUUAUUAAAAGAAUAUUAUCUAGUUGUUACUUCACAGUCCUCGUGGUAUAGAAUUGUUGUGAAUUUCUAACGUUACGUUUUCGAUCGCUAGCUGUGAGCCCCUGAAAUUUGGUAUUCGAUUUGACUGUAAUACAUUACAGACUUAUUCUUCAGGAAGGUUUCGUGUUGAUGUGUCGACUGGUGUACUUAUGCUUGGAGCACAUAGCGCCAGGAAAGCGGGACAACUGAUGACGGCCGGUUUCUUAUUCAGUUUAAAAAAAUUCGUCACCCGGCCAGCUUAUCCCACUUUCCCGGCUCUGCUCUGCAAGCUUAGGGAACGUCCCCAUACUAUGUGACUCAUUUUUUACACUUGUUUACUCCCCCUCGGUGACUACCCGUAGUAUAUAUACACCCCACCCCACCCCCCCUACUGCGCACUAUAUUUGAAUACACUUAGCUCGAAAAACGGCGACUUUUUUCUAAAGACCAAAAUCUAACCCCCCCAUUGUGACCAAGAGUGGUAUUUUGUAGAGCCCCCUCCCCCUGUCCGGGUCACAUAGUAUGCGUAUAUUCCCAUAGGUAUAUCGUCAGGUAGCUUAACAGUGACAGUGUCCUCACAACCGUCCUUCUUGACAUAGAGUUACUCGUAUCGCACUAUCAUUGUCAAUGUCAGGUCGAGUGCAUGGUAUAAGCAGACCAGGUAUGCUUUCUAUGACAAGCCGCCAUUGCUAGCCCAUUUUUGUUCCUAAAGGUUACGGCCUGGAUUCAAGUCCUUUGGGCCAAGUCUUCGUUUCAUGUCUUUUAAAUUAAGUGUUACCAUUAAAGCGGCAUCUCCAACGUUCGAAGGACGUAAAUUUUAUUGUGGUAAUUUUAGGUGAAUUACAGACUAAUGUAUUUUUAAUUACCAUUAUUUGUCACAUAUAUAAAAAUCAUUAAAACUGUAAGUAAAUCUUUUACUAAAAGUAUACAAUUUCCUUGCAAAGUAAAUUAAAAACAUUGGACGUGGGUAAUAUAUUUCUUAAGAAGUGGCAACACACGGUGUGAUGACGUCAGCUGGGCUAACCUUGAAAUGCUAGCUGUCAGUUUUGAGCAUGUCGUGGUUUUCUUAUACCAUGGUCGAGUGAACGUUUCACGGACAAUUUAUAACAAGUUUCAACUGCCAGACUUACACUAAUCAUGGUAUCAUCUAGAUAGACAAACCGUACCAGUUACAGUUAACCUGUGUAACUUUAAUGUAUAUUGGCCCUGAUUCCUGCAGACACAUCCUAAUUUUAAUUAUACCUGUCAUUUUCUUAUCCGCCGAAAAAGAAAGGGACGGAUGAUUGACAACACAUCUCCGUCAUAAAGCAACCCGUUUGGCGUGUGCUAUCUGCUUAAUUCUGUCGGGUUAUUGGCCAAUAUAAUAUUUUGGAAGGGUUUUUUAAAUUUCUGCUUAACAUUUACGUGUGUUCCAUAUUUGUUAUCCUUUUCUUUUUCAGCGGUUAAGAAAAUGACAGGUAUAAUUUAAAAUAAAAUUAGAUGGUGUCUACAGGAUUCAGCACCAUCUCCUUAAUUUUCCCCUCUAAACACUUACUUUUUGUGUAACAGCAUUUUCAUUUGAAUGUUGAAGCUGUGAGACAGUCAUCUUUGAUGAGGAUUUGACGCCUGUCUUCUCAUACGCGCAUUGAUAUACUUAAUAUACGCUGGUCCCUAUAAUCUUGAAAUAAUAAUAUUCUGUGAUAGUAGACGUGAUACCAUCUUUAUCAUUCUUAUAAUAAAUAUACUACCUACUAAAAUAAACUACUGCGUCAUUUAUUCCUUAGAAGUAUUCUACAGUUUUCAGACAAUUUUAUUAAAAGCUUCCGUUAAACAUUCCCUUUAAAAGUUAUUGUAGCAUAAUCAUUAUAAAAAUAAUCACAUAAGCUUUUAAGAUAAAAUAAAUAUUGGUUGUUUAUUAGUGAAAUAUAUCCUUAUUCCACAAAAUGUGAAGUAUAUUACGUCAUUGUACAUACUUAGUCCCUGUAAGAAUUUGUUUUCGUUAGAUGACUUUGUAACGCGAGUUGUUUCACACGAACGCUUCACAACGCCGCGGCCGCGGUAAACGGUGUACCUAAGGCGGUUUAAAAACCGUUAUUUCGCAUAAAAAUAUCAGGUAUUUUUUACUAUUAAUUGUGUUCUAAAAUUAAAUUUAAGUACAAAGAGAAAAUGAAAUCGAAAAUGUCUGACUCGGCCGGAACUCAAAACCGCAGCUUUUAUCAUCAGCCAGACAUUUCCGAUUUAUUUUCUCUUUGUGAAACUCCCUAAGUACGGGUGAGUCCUUUAAAAACAAUUUAUUUUAUUUUAAAAUAAACAAUUUAAAUUAAGUAAUUUAUUUGAAAGUAAGUACUUGCUUUAAUUCUCACAAACUAUGUACUUACUUCAUUUUUAUGUAAUCUUGAUUAUAAAAGUGAUCGCGUUGUAAAGCGCUCGUUUGGAUGUCUGUGACUUAUAAUUGUCUUGUUAUUUGUUUAAGUUAUAUAUCAAGUUUACACGCCGCCACACUUGGCACCUAUGUAAUGUUUAGUGCAACUUGAUCCACGUUAGACUGCAUCUAGUUGACUGCACUAUUAUCCCUCUAAAUUGGAAGCGUGCAAGCCUGUCCUACCAGUUGUUGUUUAUAUGCGAUAUACAUAAGGUGCCGCACGCUACAACAAAUAAGUAUGUAUUUUUAUUAACGUAUCCAUGGCUUUGCCUACAAUUUGACUGAAAGUUAUAAAGAACUCGAAAACGUCAUAAUGAUUUGAAUGAAAAUCACAUCUAGUAGACGUUUGUCUCGUCUGUUUAGACGCAGACGCGGUUAAUCGUUGCGGUGUAAAACAUCGUGUGUAAAUUGCCUACAGUGUUGAAGAUAAAGAAUUUAUGAGACAUAUAUGUAAGGGCCCUAUCUCACUAGGACACCAUGGGGUUUCGCCACCAACGCGAAAUUACUCUAGAUUAGGUUGCCGGUAAAAAAUUGUAUACGCAACCAGGUGAGAUACCCUUUAUACAACUGCAAUAGGUACGUUUUGAUAGUGGCGCCAGAAUGGUGUGUGUCUUAGUGAAAUAUAGCCCUUAGCAUGACGCUAAUUGCAUUAGACAUUCUGUAGAUAACUUGCAGCAGUACAAAACGACUUAGAUCCUAAACUAACUUAAAUUAUAAAGAAGAGCCUUGGUUGUUAGUUUCCUUUUCUGAUCUAAACCGCGAAGUAUACAGUCUCUUUGUAAAAUAACUGUUUGAAACGAAGUCGGAAACAAAAAACGAAGAUGGUGGCAUCUCCCCUAUAACCUAUUUGUACGGAGCUGCCACGAUGCUUUACAAUUACCUCAUGGUAGAAUAAAAGACGAAAAGAGUCUGUAAAAUGUAAUUUAACUGAGAUACAAAGAGAGUAGCGGGCGAGGCGGAGACGCCUGACGAUCUAUGUUUCAAGUUGUUGUGUACAUAUUGUUUGGUAAGGUCGCUUGGACUGUAGGCUACUCGAGAUUGCUCACUUCGUACAAGGGAUUCUCUAUUAAGUCCUUUAUAUCGCUUCGUAUCUAUCCAAUGAGGUUCUCGUUCUCGUGUAUUUAAACCUUUUCACGUAUAAAUUCAGAUUUAGCUUGCGAUUCCUAGAUAUCCGUUGUUGUAUGGGAUGUAUCGAGUCCUGCGCCCCACACAAGUUGUACAUACCGUGCGGGGUAGGGGGCGCCAUGUUUAGCUAAGCACUGUGCUACAUAUCUACAUAUAUAACCUGUAUUUGAAGUUUUUCUAUCAUUAAUGAAUAUUCUAGUGUUAUUUCUAACACCGUUCGAAGUUGUUCACUUGUUUAUACAUUGUUAUAAAGCUGUAUCCAUAUCUUUUAUCACGACAUGUAACUACGUGUAUGGUUAUUUAUACGAAAAUAAUAUAAAUUAUGUAUAUUAAUCGAGCAUUCAUGUGUGCAUAAUUUAAAUAUAAAGAGUUGUAUAUUAUACUUACUUAAUGAUGUAUUAUGGCAAACACUGUAAUGGAUAAAUCUCUACAAUGUACCAAUGAAAUAUGCUGAAACAAAAUAAAUAAUACAAAUGCGGCUUCUUUA